CUUCCAAUUUCUCUGAUUUCUUUUUUUCACCAAAAAAGGAAAAAAAAAAAAAAAAUCGACUCCGAUUAUUAUUUUCAAGGAGCCUUACUCUAUUUCUCUCAAUCUUUUCUUUUUCUCUCUCUUAGACUGUGCACUUCAGAUAAGAUUUGAAGGCUGGAGAAGAACUUUAAUGAGUUAUAACGUACUUUAUGUCAAAUUUAUCUUCAUGAAAAGAUGAAAAUUAAUAAUCACUCGGGAAAGUGGUUGUAUGAAAAGUGAUAAUAAGCACCAUGGGGAGAGAGCAUAAAUCUUAGUAAUGACUUUCAUGAAGGAGCUCAUGCAGCAUGCUGGUGAAAAACAUAUGUCGCUGAUCCUAAAUUUCGGUUGAGGAUUGAUUGUAACUAUGCUGUGAAGGGUGGAAAAUCGUUUUUAUGUCCCUGUGAUGUUAAAGAUUGGGAUUUAAACUACUUUUUGGGAUCAUCUAGCAUGGAAUAAGUGGUUGUUUUGUUCAAGGGAUUUUAACUCUUAGAUGCUACAGAAAGCUGCACUAUUGAUAAUAACCCUGCUCGGAGCCCCUCACCUCUGCAAUAGUGGUUGUAGGAGCUUCAAAGAGUCAGGUGAAAGCUAAAGGUCAAAGCAGCUUGUCAAAUUAAUAACUUGCCUAAAUGGCUACAAAUGAAAAUCUUCCGCCAAAUGUGAUUAAGCAGCUCGCAAAAGAGUUAAAAAAUCUAGAUGAAACUCCUCCGGAAGGAAUCAAAGUUGGCGUCAAUGAUGAUGAUUUCACGACCAUAUUUGCUGAUAUAGAUGGCCCAGCUGUAACCCCAUAUGAAAAUGGUGUGUUCCGCAUGAAAUUGAUAUUGUCGAGUGACUUUCCCCAUACUCCUCCCAAAGGUUAUUUCCUUACCAAGAUUUUUCACCCUAACAUCGCGAAUAAUGGUGAAAUUUGUGUCAACACUUUGAAAAAGGAUUGGAACCCAACGCUGGGAUUGCGACAUGUUCUUUUGGUUAUAAGAUGCUUACUUAUUGAACCUUUUCCGGAAUCUGCUUUGAAUGAGCAAGCUGGCAAGAUGCUGCUUGAAAACUACGAGGAGUAUGCAAGGCUUGCUAGAUUGUACACAGGAAUCCAUGCCAAGCCUAAAUCCAAGCUAAAGCAUGGCGCAAUUUCUGAGUCAACCACAGCUUUGAAUGUCGACCAGAGAAACAACACAGCUCAAAAUGCUGAUCAGAAAAGCACAUUAGCAAACACUGGGGCUCCUUCACCGUCCCCUCUGGCCUCCUCAACGACUAGCAGUAAGGCAACGAGCCUUCAAGAUCAGCCUGCGGGAGCUCUGCCAUUAAGUGAGAAUGGAGCAGUAGGGUCUUCAACUGUGCCGCCAGCAGCUGCGGCACCUGUAGCGCAAAAGAAGGAUGUUGGUUUGAAGGCCCAGGCCGAGAAAAAGAAGAUUGAUGCGAGAAAGAAGAGCUUGAAGAGAUUAUGAUUUCAAAUCAAAUGUAGACAGUAAUUGGUGACUGUCGUAUACUGUUGUUUUAGAUCAUUUUUCUCUCUGCCUAUACCCCUCCCCAUAGAGUGUCACUUUGUCUCCAUUAGAGGGUGGCACCAUUGACAAGUUGCUUUGACACAUUGUAAUGAAUAUGUAUUUGUCUAUUUGGGAGUUUUUUUUUUACUGUCA